AUGGAUUUCAUCAAGACCAGUUCCCUGCGUGCUCUGAUUGAGUUAACUUUCCAACGCAACUGGAAUGGCCUCAUUUGGAUGAGUAGAAAAGGAGUUACAACCAAAAGAGUGAAGACUGUCCAGACGGCUCUAUCGAGAAUCAGCGCCCAAACCGCGCAUAGCGGCCGGCCGAGUACGCAUCACGACCCGGGAAGCGAUGUCCUCACGCCAUGCCGCGCACGACCAUGCCACGCGAGCCGGGAAAACCUCGCGGCCGCGCAACCUUCUCGCGUACCACGGCCGAUGCGCCGUCCGAGCCGGGAAAGCUACGUCCCGUCCGGCCGAGAAACAUCGGCCAAUCCUUCACCCGUCCGACCACAGCGGCGACCGCGAAUCAUCCGGCCACGACCGUUCCGAUCGUCCGACCACGACCACACCCGAUCAUCCGGCCGAUCGUCCCGACCGACCGUCCGAACGCCGCGGUCGACCCGAAGCCCGUUUUGA